AUGUCCCGCCCGGCGACGGCGGCGGCGGCGGGCAGCCCCGGUCCCCGCACCAGCGACUUCUACCGCACCAGCCCCGGCCUGCCCGGCCGCUUCCAGCAGCCCGCCUGCUUCCGUGGCUACGGGCAGCCGGAGCCUCACCCCCGGUACCGGACCGCCAACCGGGUCUACGGCAGCAAAGCCCCCACGGUGCACGAGGUGCCGACCUCCUUCCACGUCACCUCGCACGCGUUUUCGAAUACUCUGGCACAGGGUGGCCUGUACAGAAAUAACGGGCUCAACACCUCCCUGGAGAAGAGCCACGUCACCGGCCCAGACAACUUCAUCACCACCUACGACCACCUCAACUUCCAUCCCAGCUACAACCCAAGCGGCCCGUCGCACUGUUAG